AUGACAAGUUUUCGGGGUGCAUAUCUCCCUGGGAAGACAGCUGAUGAGGCGGCGUCACCUUCAAUAUCGCCUUUUUUCGCCAAUUUCGAUGGGGUGAACCUCCCUCUAGUAUUUUUCACCUGUGGUACGGAAGAUUGCAUGCUUGAUGACUCGGUAUAUAUGAGCGUGAAAUGGAUGAUGGCGGGCGGCGAGGCUAUCAUUCGGAUAUACCCUGGCAGCCCUCAUGGGUACAUAAUGUUUUCAGAAGAAGUCCAUGAAAAUGUGUCGACUGCUCUACGGGACUUGGAAAGCUUCGUGAGUGGAAAUCUACGACGCGGGGAGAGAGCUGCCAUGUAG